CUUUGUACCUAGCUCGUCCUCUGAAUCAAAUCUUCCACCCAAAUAAUUAAGGAAGAAUGGCAAAGUCUAUUAUCAUCCAGGCCGCUGCCCUUUGCUUCUUGUCCCUCCUUGCUUUCGCUUACUGCGAAGACCGCUUCUUUGUGGAGGGCAGAGUUUACUGCGACACCUGCCGUAUCCAAUUCGUCACCAAGCUCACCAAGUACAUGAAAGGUGCAAAGGUGGGGUUAGAGUGCAAGGACCGUGAAGGCGGUAGCUUAAUAUACAGCAGUGAGGCUGAGACAGACGAGUCGGGAACCUACCGCCUUCCGGUGGACGGAGACCACGAGGAGGAGAUAUGCGAAGUGGUGCUGAAGAAGAGCAGUGACCCUGAGUGCGACGAGGUGAGCAAGGAUCCUUUCCUGAAGAAAAGCGCAAGGAUCAGCCUCACAAAGAACAAUGGCAUUUCAAGCCCAGUACGCCUUGCCAAUCCUCUCGGCUUCAUGAAGAAGACACCUCUUCCUGGGUGCACUGAGGCCCUCAGGGAGCUCGGAAUGACCGCCGACGAUAUUGUCCAAUAA